AUGUCCAUCUCUCGCUUCAACUUCAUUGGUUCUGAGCACAUGCUUGCUGUCUUUGACGUGGCACGCGCUUUAUUUUCCGAACCUGGUUACGCGAAGCUCGAUUCCGACAUCAUCGUGGAACUUCUCAACUUGGCUCAACCAUUCCUCCUUGAGUAUAUCUGCAUCACCAUCGACGGUGUUCCGGAGACCGAGUGCGACAUUCGACUACGCAAGUCUCUUUUCAACGCCCAACUCAGGGUUGACGCGGACUCCAUUGACCCCGACUGGGAAGUGUGGAUGCUCGAAGGACCACGUAAUGGUGGUGAAUACCCUGAGGAUGAAUGUUUUACAGAGGAGUUCUUGGCGACUCUCUUGACUCCGGAUGACCCUCCCGUUGAGGUUGUUAUGGCUGAGGCUGCUCCUGCCGAGGUCCGCGAGGAAGACGGUCUUCCGCCUAUCGAGGAUCCUGUGGAGAUCGCCGCCACCGACAAACUUCCUGAAGACGUCUCUGCUGAGGAGGUUGUUCCCGAGCCUAUGGUCAUCGAAGAGGACCAUUUGCCUCCCCCUAAACGCCACAAGUUGCUCAAUCGGGCUUAUACGCCCAUUUCUCCAGCAAACUCGACUAGGUCCGCGGCACCAUUCCCAGUCACGCUUUCACCGCCGGCUCCAGUUACACCGUGUCCAGCCUCUCGGAUUCUUGCACCGCCACGCCUCAACAUCCCUGAGGUCGUUAUGCACACACGUCGUCCCAAAAGCGAACGCCAGGCUAAAACAGAGGCCAUUGCACGUACGAGUCGCGUUCUCGGUUCCACCAGUGUUUCCCGGAAAACUAACAAGCGCAAACGAGUGGACGACGCAGAGGCUGAGGAGGAAGGCAAAUCGGAGCAAGACAUUGCUUCCCUGCCUCCACCUGUCACUAAGCCAAAGCGAGGCCGUCCCCGCAAAGCUGAAUCUCGGGGUUUUGCUCCCGCAAUUGUUUACAAUAAGAAAAGGCUCCUGCCUCCUCACCAGCGUUUUGCUGAUUUCAGCGAGAUGCCUCCAGCAGAGGAGCUUCUCCGAGAUCACGUCUUUGGUUGGGGUUCGCCCUGCAUCCCCUGUGAAAGAUCGCAUUACCCCGCUUGCGAGUACAAGCUGGACCCCAUUCCUCGAGGACAGGUGCGCAACCAGUUGGGCCGUCGCGCCACUCGUCUUUCUCCUGAUAAAAUCGCUGAUCUCAUUGGGAACGCGAUCCGUGACCAACGGAUCCUUCAUUCGCUUGAGGCCAUCGUCAACACCAUUCGCUAUCGUCGAGAUGCCCAAAUGCGUCAGGCUGCCAACGCAGUCUUUGAUCUCGCGGCCAUGGAUGGGGAGGAGGGGUUGAUUGGCACAGUCUUCCGUAAUGCGGAAGAACGUGACCAUUACCUUCCUCAUUUCAUCUCUCUCGUCGGCAAGUUAUCCAAGGACGACGCUCCACAAGAUGAGGAGGAUGUACUGGCCACUCUUGCCACCUAUAUGCAACACGCUUGCCCUCGUCUUCCACGACGCGGGCUUUCUACCCAGACAAUUCGGAUGAAUGAAGACAAUGAUCCGGCUGAACAGGGAGAGGAUGGUGAGGAGGAUGACCAGCUGUACGAUGACGAGGACCCUGUACAGGAGGGCCAUCCCGCUGGUAGUCCCUAA